AUAGUUCGCGUCGUUUCGUAAAGCAGGUUUCAGUCUAGAAAUCAACUUUCCCUUGCAGUGGAGUUGACGAGUAUUCUGGAUUGGGUCCGUACAAGAGACUGUUCAUAGAUAACACACCAGUCGGUAUGUGAAAAUUUGUGUUUGUCAAUUGGCAUCAACAUAAAAGUCUCUGAUGGAAAUUCACGGCAGAAUGUCCCCACCACGAAGCGUUCUCAGUGUAGUGUUGUUUGUUGGAUUUGUGUGCUUUAUUAAUGCGUCAUUCGAUUGUCGACGCCGAGGACAGAGAUGCGAGAACGGGGGUACAUGUUCAAAAAACGCGGCAAACUGCACGUGCGCGCCUGGAUUCGACGGAUACGACUGUUCGAUUAAUAGUAGCCAAAUAGAUGGGGACAGCUGUAACACGACCAGCUGUGAGAAUGGAGGCACGUGUAUAUCGACCGGCGUGAACGAUACCUCGUGUGUGUGUGCACCUGAAUACUAUGGCGAGAGCUGCUCAUUGAAGAGAUAUCAAGUGGACUGCAAGUCAGGGAGUCUGCUGGUCGGUGUCCACCCUUUUGGCAACUUCAGCGGCUACAUCUACGAGGAGAAUAACCGAGACACGUGUCAGUUCGAACCUGUUUCCACAUCAGGAAACGGAAAUAAAGGAUGGGAGGGCUAUGCUAGGGACGUUAACAAUAACGACGAUAAGUGCGGCAACAUCUCUGCCGUGUUUGAUCAACCACCGCCAGCAAACAGUACCGACAUCUCCAACUCCACCACGACGUCCUACACUCGUAUCAUCUACAUCGUCUACGAGAAGACGUUCAUGACGUCCCUGGACGAGGUGCUCAACUUCACGUGUAUCUUCAACACCAAGAGUGUCGUCAUCGGCAAGAAAGCCGACAGCGUUUCACUGGAUGUGAAGGAUAUGAACCAGGUCACGAGGGAGGCACAGCUGUCUCCGGUCAAAUUUGAAAUCACGGGCGACAAUGACGAUGCCAAGAACGUCAGGCUUGGUGAGAAGCUGACACUGACAUUCACCAUAGAUUCUACAAGCUUUGAUGGCGCCCGGCUGGAAUCGUGUGUCUUCAAUGACACAAUGGAGAACGGUGACAAUCUCACAGUGGUGGAGGAGAGCUGUGUGCAGGAGGAUGCUGUGCCGAUUCUGAGCGACCAAAUAAUGAUGAAAGAUGAUAACGUGACCAUCACCAUCACCAUGGUAAUACGUGUCUUCAAGUUUGUGUCGUCGGACAAGCUGGGCAUUGACUGUAAAGUGAAGGCGUGCCCACCCGGAUAUGGAGACGGAUGCAACCCUCGAGACUGCAAGAACGCCCUGACCAACCAGAAGGGGUAUGGGCGGAAGCGGCGAGACGCGCCGGGAUUCCAGACUCGCGAAGUUGGCGGUAUCAUCAACGUCGGAGGCCCCUUCGUCCUUGACGACACCGAGGAAGAGAAUCCAGGCGAUGUGACCAAGACGGAGAAGCAGCAAACUUGCAGCACCAGCAAAGAGGUGAUAGCAAUCAUGGCAGCCCUUGGCACCGUCACCAUAAUUCUACUGAUCUUCACCAUCACCUUGGUGUCACGUGCGGUCAUCACGAGACAGGCGUCUCCCAAGAGCAAGACGAGGGACGAGGGCAGUGACACGUUCUCUAAUCUAGGACAGCCUAGAGCAUUUAGUCGCAAAUACUGAUUAGAAAUACCGAGUAAUCACAUUGAGAAGAAUAUGUUUGAUUGCAGAAUAUGUUAAUGUUUAUGAUGGCUACCCGUUCUGUCAGCUCGCCGCUCGCACGUACAUGAGACUCACGAGUUAGUGCUGAAAUAUUCCCAUGUUGAGAACCGCGGGGUCACCCUCGAUUGUCCAGUGUAUUAUAUCUCCAUUCUGUUCUAAUACAUCCCUUGACACAGACGUCACCGUAGUUGCCUUUACAACAAGUCAGUGACAUGACGCUAAAUAUAGUCCUCCAGUUAAAUUUCAUAAGUAAAAUUAAAAUAAACUCUGUUCAAAGUUAGUGAUGAAAGGGAAGCAGUUGGUGACGUCACUUCCGAAACGAAGCUAUUGGUCCAGGUUUUGUAUCAUAACUCAAUAGAGAUGCAAAGAACGGAUGAUCGAGGUUGGCGCAGAGAGCAGAAAGCUGUCAAGGUACACCUGGUCUGUUACAGACAUGUACUGAGAGCAGAAAGCUGUCAAGGUACACCUGGUCUGUUACAGACAUGUACUGAGAGCAGAAAGCUGUCAAGGUACACCUGGUCUGUUACAGACAUGUACUGAGAGCGGGUUGACGCAGAGAGCAGAAAGCUGUCAAGGUACACCUGGUCUGUUACAGACAUGUACUGAGAGCGGGUUGACGCAGAGAGCAGAAAGCUGUCAAGGUACACCUGGUCUGUUACAGACAUGUACUGAGAGCGGGUUGACGCAAUAUACGGCUUCUCGGUGUAAUUAUGAAGGAUACUCGAAUUAUUGUUUCAAUUAGAUAUUACUGAUGGAUAACAUUUACAAAUUAUUUAUAUCUACAAGUAGUUGCUUACCAUAAUAUAAGUAGUAACUUUCAUUCUGGGCUUAAAGUGUCAUGUGACCAAUACACAAUAUAUCUAUGCCUGAUUUCGAUCACAUCAUGAUAGAAAAUCAGAGAAAAGAAUGAUGUCGUAUCUAAACAACACUCGACUCUAUAUGAGACUGAAUGAGUGAGUUAUGGUUUAUAGUCACAACGACAAUAUUUCAGCCAUACCGUGACUAGACUGUAUAUGUGACACACGUACCUACAGAAGGAACAAACAGCAACGCAGAUCUAUCUUAACCAGCCCAUGAUCUCUGUAUAGUGUAUCGGGGCGGUGGGGUAGCCUAGUGGUUAAAGCGUUUGCUCGUCACGCCGAAGGCCCGGGUUCGAUUCCCGACAUGGGUACAAUGUGUGAAGCCCAGUUGUGGUGUCACUGGAAUAUUGCUAAAAGCGGCGUAAAACUAUACUCACUCUUUGUAUUGUGUAUCCGUCGGUCAUUAUGACACUUUCGCUUUAUUUGUUUAACAUCCUCCUUGAUGAACUUUGAUACGUCUGUAACAAAGGCGAGUAUUUUAUGGCUGUUGUAGUUGUAGCUAUUUGCCUCAAAACUACAUGUAUCGUAUUCAGUUAAGUGUGUACAUCAAGUAGUUUCAAAUUAUGUUGCUAUCUCUUCAAAGUGAUAAGUUAUACAACAUCCGUUACUGGCGUCAAUUGUCUGCGCCCUAUAACAAUGUAGCAGAGCUGUCGAACAUGGCGUCUGUAACUGCCUGUACCGUAUGUACUGAUGUAGUACAAGCUACUUUCCAUUUUUUGUGUUGCAAUCGAUUUAGGAUUCUGUGAUUUUUUUCAUAUUUUGCAAAUUUAUAUAUUUGUUUGUAGUUUUCUUUUUGUAUGUAUGAAAUAUUCUUUUUUAGCAUCGUGAUAUGAAGUUUUAAAGCUUCCUUGUGCAUGUUUCAUCUGUCCCUUGUUGAUUCUGCCUGCAUGGUCCGUCCACAUACAUUUGAUCUGAUGUCCCGCUUGUUCUCCACCCUCGCUCCGUGGUACCUAAUGUCACGUGUCUGUCCUGUGCUUAUAGAGAGAUAUGUGUUGCAUACACACAAAACGAGGCAAAGCCGAUGUUAAAUGCUUGUCUGAGAUGUUUCCUGUAAUAAAGACCAUUUCGGUGCA